AUGCCAGGUUGCUGGCUGGGCCUUGUGCGUUUGCUCAGACUCGGCACCCGGUACUCUGUUCAAGACGAAGACAAGCUCCAAGUUGCGGAUGAGCCUAGUGGCGGUUGCUUGCAUUACGAGGACAGGCGCGAUGCAGUGAACGAGGUGGUGCUGGAAGGUGGGGAAGGUGAUGCGGUCUACUUCCAACGGGUCCUGCCCGGCUCCAGAGCGGCGAAGCUCGGGGUGCAGAAGGGCGACGAAGUGCUGCAGGUCAAUCUCAUUGAUCCCGAGAUCUUGUUCUGGCGCCCCGCAGAGGAAAUUCUUCCCGCCAUAGUUGGUCCUGUGAUGCUGAAGUGGCGGCGAAGACCUCCACAGAAGUCGGGGGAGCGAACAAGGAUCAACUCGAAGCCCAUCAAAUUGCUGUGGCAUGAUGACGAAGAAGAGCUUCAAGAUGUAAUUCCGGAGUAUCCCAAAUCCCGCGCCGAAGCCCUCGGAGAUGGCGAAUGGCUUUGUGGUUCUUGCGGAGCAAAGAACUUCGACACACAGGAGCACUGUCGCCGCUGCGGCCUUCGCGACUCACGCCUGCCGAAGCGUCCGGGACCGCAGCCCAGGCGACAUGUGGACCUGCAGAGGAGUCUUCCGGCCGUUUGUUUCGGGCGCGUGGAGGUUGACAAGCAGGCAGUCAAGCACGCGGCAUCUGCCGGACCACUCAACGUUUGUGACGUCUGA